AAAUCCGUUUAAAGGCAAAGUGUUCCAUGAAUACCAGCACGAGGAUGUAUACAAGGGUGUGGUAAUUGACUACCGUGGAGAAGAUAUCACACGGUUUAACUUCAUGAAAGUACUAAGAGGCGAUGAUAAACUUGAAGCCAACAAGAAGAAGGUGCUGAGAAGCGGUCCUAAUGACAACGUGUUCAUCUUCUUCUCCGGCCAUGGUGGGACUUUCUUUAUUACCUUCCUACAAGAUAUUUUGUAUGCCACGGAGUUGAACAGCACCCUCGCCUACAUGCAUUCCAAAAAAAAGUACAACAAAUUGGUGCUAUACCUGGAGACUUGCUGCUCUGGCUCUAUGUUUAAAGAUGUUCUUCCUUCAAAUAUGGGAAUCUACGUGACAACAUCAGCCAAUGAAGAUGAAACUUCCCAUGCUAUUUUUUGUAAGGACAAGGAAAUCGAUGUUUGCCUAGCGAACGAAUACUCGUACGACUGGAUUUUAGAUUCGGAAUACAAUGACCUAAAAAAGCGUACACUGGAGGAACAAUACGUUGAGGUAAAAAGGACUACGGUGUUUAGUCAUGUGAUGAAAUACGGUGAAAUGGCGAUGGGAAGUCUACCGGUUGGAAAAUUCCAAGGUCAUUAUGAUCUACCGAUGUACCGGAAAGAUGGGGCGAUAGCACCAAAUUCUAUAGAUAGAAAGCCCUAUUGCCAGGCGCACUUGUAUACGAAGUCUCGACGCUUCACUGAGGCCGCAACCGAGGACGAACAUGAAACCGCUUUGCGAAAGCUACACCGUGCACUUCAACUUGGCCACAUCGUCGAGGAAAUGUUCCGUGACAUCGUCAUGGAUGUGACAACCCAUCAUAAACCAACGCUAAAGGGCUUGUCCAAGAAGGAUGAGCUCAUGUGUUUCCAGGCACCAAAUUCUAUAGAUAGAAAGCCCUAUUGCCAGGCGCACUUGUAUACGAAGUCUCGACGCUUCACUGAGGCCGCAACCGAGGACGAACAUGAAACCGCUUUGCGAAAGCUACACCGUGCACUUCAACUUGGCCACAUCGUCGAGGAAAUGUUCCGUGACAUCGUCAUGGAUGUGACAACCCAUCAUAAACCAACGCUAAAGGGCUUGUCCAAGAAGGAUGAGCUCAUGUGUUUCCAGGCAGUAUUCGAUCAAUUCCGGACGCACUGCUUCACAAGUCUGCAGGCAAGUUGA